GGAGGGGAGUGGAGAUGGCGGCGGCGGUGGCGGCUGAGGGGGGAGGGGGCGGGGAGCCCCGGGGAGUUGACGGGUCCGGCCCGGGGGUCCCGGGCAAGGUGGAGAUGGUGAAGGGCCAGCCGUUUGACGUGGGACCGCGCUACACAGAACUGCAGUACAUUGGGGAGGGGGCGUACGGCAUGGUCAGCUCUGCCUUUGACCACGUGCGGAAGGCCCGGGUAGCCAUCAAAAAGAUCAGCCCAUUUGAGCACCAGACAUAUUGCCAGCGCACCCUACGGGAGAUUCAGAUCCUGCUUCGCUGCCACCACGAAAAUGUCAUCGGCAUCCGUGACAUCCUUCGAGCACCCACACUGGAGGCCAUGAGGGAUGUCUACAUUGUUCAGGACCUGAUGGAAACAGACUUGUAUAAGCUGCUCAAGAGCCAGCAGCUGAGUAAUGACCAUGUCUGCUACUUCCUGUACCAAAUCCUACGGGGCCUCAAAUAUAUCCACUCAGCCAAUGUGCUCCAUCGGGACCUCAAACCCUCCAACCUGCUCAUUAACACCACUUGUGACCUCAAGAUCUGUGACUUUGGCCUGGCCCGAAUUGCGGACCCUGAGCAUGAUCACACAGGCUUUCUGACAGAGUAUGUGGCUACCCGCUGGUAUAGAGCACCAGAGAUCAUGCUCAAUUCCAAGGGCUAUACUAAAUCCAUCGAUAUCUGGUCUGUGGGCUGUAUCCUCGCAGAAAUGCUCUCCAAUCGGCCCAUCUUCCCUGGAAAGCACUACCUGGACCAGCUGAACCACAUUCUAGGUAUCCUGGGUUCUCCAUCCCAGGAUGACCUGAACUGUAUCAUCAACAUGAAGGCUCGGAACUACCUACAGUCCCUUCCAUCCAAGCCUAAGGUGCCCUGGGUCAAGCUGUUUCCCAAAGCAGACCCCAAAGCCCUGGACCUGCUGGACCGGAUGUUGACCUUUAACCCCAACAAGCGAAUCACAGUGGAGGAUGCCCUGGCCCAUCCCUACUUGGAGCAGUACUAUGAUCCAACUGAUGAGCCAGUGGCAGAAGAACCCUUUACCUUUGACAUGGAGCUGGAUGACCUGCCAAAGGAACGACUGAAGGAGCUCAUCUUCCAAGAGACAGCCCGAUUCCAACCUGGAGCCCCAGGAGCCCCCUGAAACAGGGACCCUAUCCUCAUGAGGACCUGAGUCUGAAUUCCAUCUGCCCCUUUUCCUGCUGGACUGUUUGAAACUGGAUGCCACUCACACCCUGGCCCCCCAUUCCAGGCAGGGGAUGGAUGGGUGUGUGUGGGGUGGGGCUGUCUGGGCCCCUCUGUCCUAACAUGCUUUAUCUCAGAGACAGCCUUUCAUCCCCCUUUACUUCAGGCAGAAACCAUGGCCCCUUCUGCAGCUGGGGGUUCUGGACCAAACCUUUGCUCCCCUGGCUGGCUCACCACUGCCCCAGAAGCCUUCACUCCCCUCCCCACUUCAGUCUGGCCUAGGGAGCCCAAGGCUGCUUUGCCCCAGUCCUUUCACAUGCUCCUUUUCUCAAGGGCUAGUGUUGCUUCUCAACCUCUUAAUCCCUACAAGGCACCUUGAAGAAUGUGUUUGGUAAGGGUGAGUGGGGAGUGAGUUGAAAGAGUUCUGGCUCUUUCACAUGAUUGACACUUCCCCCAGAUCUUCUCUAACCUCUGUGGAACAUUCCUGAUUCUCAAGGGCUAGUUUUCAGAUUGGGGAGAAUGAAAAAGGUCUGGAGGGAGGAACUGGGGUCCUUUUCUUCAGACCCUGGGCUGUGCCCCUGAAGCUGCCACGUUUAACCCCAUUGCCCGCUCACCCUUCCUGGAAGGGAUGCCCCUGCUGCUUGUGUGUGUGUAUGUAUGUGUGUGGGAGGGAAGGGCUGGCCAGCCAACCCUGCGGUAUGGUAGGGGAGGCCAUACCACUAUCUCCCAGCAUCUGUAUCUAAUAUAUAAAUAAUAUAGAUGUGUAUCAGGA